AUGGAAAUUACGGCGGCGGAAAAAAUUGAGAUUGAAAAGAGUAUAAUUCUUACAAUUAUAAAGGGAAAGGAAUCACUUGAAAGUCUUACAGUGGCUCAGUUGGCUGAAGAAUAUUCAACGCGAUACAAGUGUGCUAUAGCGUGUUAUAAAGCGGAAUUUGUGUGUGUCGAAGCGUUUUUAAAAUAUGCGUGCGGGGUAAAUAUUAUCGAUGAAAAAGUGUGUUUGUCUACAAGCUCUACAAACAUUGCGUCUUCGAGUGAGAAAGCGACCGGUGAGACAUCUUCGUCUGUACAUUUAGUAUCGAAGCCUCAGUUCUCCCCAUUUUUUGGAUUUAGUGACGGUGAUAAAAAUAAAGGAGUUGCAUAUAAUGUUUGGCGAUUUGAAGUCGAGUCUGUAAUAAAAGGCGCAUUCUAUCCAGACGAAGUUAUUUUGGAGCAAAUACGACGUUCGUUGCAAGGAGAGGCGAAAGCAAAAAUUGUUGGGUUUGGCUCUGAAACAUCCUGUGAAUCUAUCUUGGGAAAACUAGAUCAGUUUUACAGCGAUGUCGGCGCGGCUACCGGAGAUGAAUUAUUGGCCGAAGCAUAUCAAAUGAAGCAAGGUGAGAACGAGGAAGUUGCAGCAUUCGCGUCGAGAUUAGAUAGUUGUUUGCGUUGGGCGAAAAGACGGGGCACAGAAAUCCUUCCAGACGACGAAUCGGUCGAACGACAGCUGCGAAUGUUAUUCUGGGGAGGAAUAAAAGAAUCGAUUAAAGACAAAGCUCGGUACAAAAAGGACAAUUGCAAAACGUUUGCAGAAUUGAUAACAGCUGCGAGAUAUGGAGAGAAGGAACUGGGCUCUAAUCAUUCGUCUCGAAAAUUCGCUCGAGCCAAUCAAGCCAUUUAUCAAGAGCCUGGCCAGAAGUCUCCACCCCAGCCACAUAAUGACGGGGAUAAAAAAGAGUGGAUAGCUGAGAUUUGCACUGCCAUGGCAAAGGAAGUCCGAGAAGUAUUAAAGGAUCAGGCAAAACCAACUGAUGCAAGAAAUGUGGGUAAUGAGCAAAGAGAUUACGACCGACGAUCGAGAGGAUGGCCAACCGAAGUACCGUUCUGUUACCGGUGCGGACAAGCGGGUCACAUACAAAUUGGCUGCAGAAACCCACCACUACGCGAAGAAAGAUCGACGGGAAACGAACGAGGACCUCUGCCAAGGGGCAACCAGAGGUUCUAAACGCGAAUAUAAAUGCCCCCAUCUCGAAAAAUCGGCAUAUGUUUUAAAAGAACUUAUUGGGGAUGCCACAGAGGCAGUUGCGUUUAUCAAUGGACAUGCUUGUCUUGCAUUGCUAGACACAGGUAGCCAAGUUACUUCAAUUGCGAAGUUAUUUUACGACAGACAUUUAUUUAACCAGCCUAUUGAACCUAUCGAGAACAUAGUUCGUGUUGUUGGAGCUGGUGGACAAGAGGUUCCAUUCCUUGGAUAUGUUACCAUACAUGUCAGUUUUCCUGAAACUGAUGUCGGUAUUCGGGGUACUUUAACAACCCUUGCACUAGUUGUGCCCAAUAACAGCUAUAAUCAGAGAGUACCAGUUAUAAUCGGAACUAACUUAGUGAAACAAUGCAGAAAUGCAUGUCAACAAAUAGCGGGCCAGAACUUCCUGCAAACUGCCAAAGUUUCAUCUGCUUGGAAACGAGUAUACCAUUUCGUCCAGUCACAGGAUCGAUUUCUUCAGCGACAAGACAGCUUUGGCGCAAAGGUAAAAUCAACGAGUCGUCAUCCAACCACUAUAGCUGCACAUGAAACGAAGAUACUUAUGGGGUUGGCAAACAGUUGUCCAGGAUCAUUAACCCAAGUUGUUGUGGAAACCAGUAUGGGAUCUGAUCAAGUAGCUGGAAUAGUUGUUACCCCAGGACUUGUUACGGUAGGUCCGCAUAAGUCGUCUUGCAGAGUACCAGUAGAGAUAACUAACAACUCUGACCAUACAGUUGUCAUUCCAGCAAAAGCUGUUCUGGCAUCACUGAAGAUCGCUAAAGAUGUAAUCACUCCUACGGCCACUGAGAACACUGCUACAGUUCUUUACCAAUUGCAAAGUGGCAAGAAGCGUGUUCUGGCGUAUGGGAGCCGUUCCCUUACUCAUUCGGAACAACGCUAUUGCGCCUAUCGUCGAGAGUUUCUUGCACUGAAAUGGGCAGUCACAGAGAAGUUUCGUUCUUAUCUGUACGGUAGGAAGUUUCAUGUUAUCACGGAUAGCAACCCGUUGACUUACCUACUGACGUCGGCAAAGCUUAGUGCAACUGAUCACCGUUGGUUGGCCAGUUUGUCGACCUACGAUUUUACGAUAAGCUAUCGGCCAGGGAAAUGUUGUGGUGAUGCUGAUGGACUCUCUAGAAUACCUCGGGAAGGAGAUACCCCUCGACAUGGAGAAGAAAUGACGCCAGACGCAGAGUAUCUCCGACCGUUUCUAGAACGAUUACAUGCAUCAGAGUCAGACACAGUAGUGACUUAUGUCCAGCAGGAGUUCCAAGCUCUUUGUGAUUACCAUAUUGCCUUCGAUCCCGCCAACGAAGAAACCACCUGUCCCGCCGUAGAGACGCUGGGUAUUGACGUAUCAGCUAUUGAAGCAAUAUGUAAGGAAGCAAGUCCCACUCGUGAAGGAAUUGGUGUGGACAUGAUUCCACCACUCGAAUGGCAAUUGAUCCAACGUGAGGAUCCAGAAAUUGGACGAGUAAUCGAGAUCUUGACUCGCCAAACUACUGGAACUGGCAACGUGAAUGAUGGGAACACUAUGGUUAACCGGUUGUUGAAAGAAAAACACCGCCUUGUGUUCAAGGAUGAAAUUUUGUUUCGGGAACGCCUGGUAGAUGGUGCAAAACUAAAACAACUUGUGGUCCCUCGUGCUAUGCGAAAGCGUAUUCUCUGUGGGUUACACGAUGACGUCGGACAUCUUGGCAGAGAUAAAACCAUUGACCUGGUCUGCCAACGUUUCUACUGGCCCGGGAUGACAGCGGACAUUGAAGUCCAUAUUCGUGACUGUCACCGUUGCCUCUUGCGGAAAGCUGCUGACCCUCCACGUGCUCCUCUGGUGCCAAUCUUGGCGUCAGAACCUAUGGAACUCCUAGCUAUCGAUUUUCUGAGUAUUGAAAAGGGGAAGGGAGGAUAUGAAGAUGUGUUGGUCGUGACGGACAGCUUCACAAAAUAUGCUUGGGCCUUUCCGACUAGGAACCAAAAGGCCACAACUGUCGCCAAGGUGUUGUGGGAAAACGUGUUUGUCCACUAUGGCUUACCACGUAGAUUACACUCUGACCAAGGCCGAGAUUUUGAAUCAAGAUUGAUUGGUGACCUUUGCAGGGUUGCUGGUAUCCAGAAGACCAGAACAACGCCGUAUCACCCCCAGGGAAACGGCCAAACGGAGCGGUUCAACAGAACACUGCUCGGCAUGCUCGGAACCCUAAGUGAGGACAAGAAGACCGACUGGCCAAGCUACGUCGCACCAAUGGUUUACGCCUACAACUGCACAAAGCAUGGGUCCACUGGGUACUCGCCAUAUUACCUUAUGUUCGGUCGCCAGCCACGUUUACCUAUCGAUAUCGCACUCGGGUUGGAUCAACUGGACAAGAAGUCUAAACCGUACUCUGCUUACGUUGACAACCUUCGGGCGCAACAGGCUCAUGCGUACGACCUCGCGUCGAAGGCCAUACGCGAGCGGGCGGAAGGCAACAAGAAGAAUUACGACCAGUACACCAAAGAAAGUUUCCUUGAAGUGGGCGACCAUGUGUUGGUUCGGAACUUGAGCACGAGAGGCAAACACAAGCUGCAAGACCGAUGGGAAGCGAUGCCAUGUGUGGUUGUUCGAAAAAUUGGAAAAUUACCUGUUUAUGCGGUUAAACCGGUAGAUGGUGGGAGGGAGAGAGUACUGCAUCGAAACCUACUGCUUCCAUACAGAAUCCCCAGGAGUUCACCCUCACCAAAGCAGAAGAAACUUCCAUAUUUACGUCAAAGACCUGCGGCAGCAGAAUGUGAGAGUGACGUUGUUACAGAAGAAAGUGAUACCGAAGAGGAAUUUAUUCCACGCAGUACGACACCCAGCAAUAGAACAACGCUGGAUCCAACUAUGCCAUCGUUCGUUAUGCCAGAAGCCAUUCCGGUAACUGACGAACCAGCACCCGCAAACGACCUGCCAGAAACGGAACCGGCUAUCGAGGAAGAACUAAAUGAAACCCAACAGGAAGAGGUUAACGUUGACGAAAACCAAUCCGUUACGCGAUCAGGGAGAAUAUCGAAGCACCCGGAACGAUUGGGCGUUCAACCGGUGUGGAGCAAUAAGGUGGCAGUCCUUUUGUCACUGGUAAACGAUAACAACAGAUCUAGCGUAGAGAACGUGCUAGGAGCUUGGCAUUCAAUGCCAUCUCAACAUCAGACGUAUAAUAUUUGAAGAUUUAUUAUAUUUUAUUGAACUUCGGGACGAAGUUUCACGUGAGGGGGGAAUAUGUACGAAUUGACUAAUAAGUUAAUUAGUAAUAGGCGUUUAUUUUGACAUAUUUAGGAAGUGACAUAUGAUACACUAGAUUGGUUAUUGUUUUGACGAGACGGCGUUUGCAUAUAUUUUAUUAAACGAGGGUUCUUUAUAGCGAAGCAAAUUCGCUAUUGUAAAUUACAGAUUACAUAAAACGAAACU